CGGAGCCGCAGCCCGAGCGGCGGGGUAAGAUGGCGGCGACGGUCCGGGCCGCGGGGCUCGGGCCUAUUGGGGUGGGCGGGGCGGAGCUGGGUCGCUAGUUGUCCCGGGGUCCUCCCCACAAGCCACCGGUCCUGGAGGGCGUCUCGGGGCGGUCUCGGGCCCGGCAGCUGCGGCGCAACCUGGCGCCGAGAGGGGGGCCUUCUCAGGGCCCCGGGACGCAUCCGUGGGUUCCUGGGGGCGUCUGUGGGGCGUCUCCGAGAAGACUUGGGGCGUCCCUGGGCCUAGACCGAGCUUAAGGCCUGCCCUCCAUCACAUAGCUGGCCUGGAUCGUGUCUGUAGACACUGUAGAUUGUGUUUAUGGGCUGACCGGAGGCUAGGGUCUAGUUAGAGGGUUCUGGGGCCAUCUUGAGAUCUUGAGAUAUGUCCCAGGGGUGAAGGAGGGUCUGCAAGACCUGAGGAGUAUCUUCAGAGCCAUCUAGAGCGCCUGGGGUAUGUCUGUUAGGGCUGGAAAGUGUCUACAUGGGCUGGCCUGAGGAUGCAACUGGUCUGCAUAGGUCUGGGGCCAUUUAUCAGGCCUAGAAGAAGUGUUCAAGGGCUAGGAGUCUUUUAGGGCCCCCUAGGGGGUUGGGUUAUGCCCACCAGGGGAGGGCACCAAAUAUUGAGAUGUACUGAGGGUCUGGGGUCUCCAAGGUAUGGGUAGUGUCUAAUAAUGGGUGACAGGAGGCUGGGGGCAGUUAGAAGGACCUGGAACCAUCUAGAUGGCUUUAAUGUGACCGAAGGAAUGCAGCUUUUAUGCCUGGAGCAAAUUCGAAUACCUUUGGGGUCAGAUCAGCUUGUGGCGAAUAAUACGGAAAGAGAAUGAGGAAAUUUUGCCCAGCUUAGAUAUACUUGCCCUUCAGAAAGUAAUUCAAAUAAAAAAUGUUUUAAGAUUCUGCAUUACCCUGGGGGUUAUUGAGAGAGUUAGAAUUAAUCUACAUUAGUCUGGAAGAGUCUGGAGGGUCCUCUAGACCCACUAUUACAGUGCUUUUCAAGGGGAAACCUGGGCCAUGUUGACCGUGAUACGCAUUAAGAUACAUUUUUUCAUUGCGACCUAGUACAGACAGUCAUAAUGUAUUUAACAUUAUAUAACAUAAUGUAUUAACAUUAACUCACCUUCCACGAAUUGGCAUUUCCACUUACUACUUGUGAUGUGCUGCGAAGAACUAUUUUGUUCUAUUUACUUUUUAAAACAAGCUAUUUGUGAAGCACUAAACUGGUAUAUGACCCUCUUGUUGGGGAAACCACUGAUCCAGACAGGACCUAGCAGUAUCUGCAGAGCAUUCUUCUGUUCAGAAGAUCUAAGUAGCUGAGGGUGUGUCUGCAAAGCCUGGUGCUUUCUAAAUGAGCAAGCAAGCAUCUUUGUAUACUGCAGAGGGUUUGGGGAUCCCUCAGCCUGUAGUCAGCAGAUGUUGAUUAAACUUCUGAUAUGUGACAGUCACUGUUAUAGGUAGCAUGUGCUUCCCCGGGAGGUGCUGGAGAGCAGUUCCAGGGCCAGGAACUGGGGCUGAGCGUAUUGAGUAUUGGUGAAAGAGGCUGGGAUGCAAUAGACUAUCAGGGUUGGGUGUGUCUUAGGAAGUUAGGAAUUAGGUGGAGCUGGGAGGCUGAAUAUGGAGGCUUGGCAUGGUUUGAAAAUCUAUAUGGGAUCUAGAACAGGACCAGGGUCUUGUUUUUGCAGGCAUGCUGUGGGGGAAGCGAGGAGACAGAUGUAGGGGAAACCUGGGCCUUAAGGGCUAAUAGUGUCAUUCCUGUUCAUCCGUAUUGAGCACUUGAGGUGCUCUAAAUGUGUGACAGAAGUCAGGCUUUCAAUAUUCACAGCCGUUCUCUGAGAUAGAUGCUGCUAUUUCGUGAAUUUACAAUUAAGCAUACUGAGUUGUGGGUUAGGGAUUUUGAAGCUUUCUAGGAAUUUUGAGAUUGGAUAUUGUCUUACGAGUAGCAGAUUUGAUAGUCAUGGGGAGGCUUACAGCUGAAAUACUCAUAUUUUUCUGAAGCCCUAAUCAAGACAUCCACCUGUUUGGUGGAUGAUCUUUCAACUCCCUGACUGGGGAAUCAUAUCAAAGAAUCUCCAUGACAUUACAAAGGCUUUGUGCAGACAGCGAUAGCUAAAUGCUUCCUAUGAAGUUUUCCUUCAGCAUGCCUUUCUGAAGUUUAGCGUUUUCAUUUUAAAAAUGGCAUACUGGUUUUGCAGAUCAAUCAAUGAAGUUUCCAACUUAGGUGUAUAAAUAAAAUUUGGGGGUGGUCCUCACCAUCGAGGACAGUUGAUGCUCUAGGAAGCUGUGUGGUGUUUGAGGCAUGGCGUUGAAUAUUGCCAAGCACAUUGGCCUUGGGAAAGGUGGGUUUCUAGGACUGCGGAACACCCUCUUUGAAAUCACAGUGCAGCACACACAGAAAACCUCGGUGUUCGCUUGGCCUCCUAGGAGGCUGGGGAAUGAGGUCUUGAAGUUUGGAUAGGUUGUUGGAGAAGCUGCGGGAAUUGAGGAGUGAGAGAUUAAAAGCAGAGGCCAGGGAGGCCUCCCUUUCACACAAGAGGCACCUGAAACCCAGAAAAAAAGGAAGAAAAUUGCUCCUAGUCCCUGGAGUGUCUAUGCUGGGCCCAGCGCCCACCCAAGUACAGGGUGACCAUGGAGGAAGAAGAUGAGUCUCGAGGGAAGACGGAGGAGUCGGGCGAGGAUCGGGGCGACGGUCCGCCAGACAGAGACCCCACGCUUUCUCCUUCUGCCUUUAUCCUGCGAGCCAUCCAGCAGGCUGUGGGAAGCUCCCUGCAGGGGGACCUGCCCAAUGAUAAAGUCUCUGCAGCGAGUCCUCUGUGUCCAAUCCCCCAUGCAAAUCUCUCACCAGAUGGCUCUCGGUGUCAUGGCCUUCGAUGGCGGCGCUGCCGGAGUCCACGGUCAGAGCCCCGUUCCCAGGAAUCAGGGGGCACUGACACGGCUACUGUGUUGGACAUGGCCGCGGACAGCUUCCUUGCAGGGCUGGUGAGUGUCCUGGAUCCCCCGGAUACCUGGGUUCCCAGCCGCCUGGACCUGCGGCCUGGCGAAAGUGAGGACAUGCUGGAACUGGUGGCUGAGGUCCGAAUCGGGGACAGAGAUCCCAUCCCUCUGCCUGUGCCCAGCCUGCUGCCGCGUCUCAGGGCCUGGAGGAUGGGCAAAACGGUUUCUCCACAGUCGAACUCCUCUCGGCCCACCUGUGCCCGUCACCUCACCUUGGGCACUGGAGACGGGGGCCCUGCCCCACCCCCUGCCCCCUCCUCUGCAUCCUCCUCCCCUUCCCCUUCUCCCUCAUCUUCCUCCCCUUCCCCUCCCCCACCCCCACCGCCCCCUGCACCCCCAGCCCCGCCUGCCCCCCGGUUCGAUAUCUAUGACCCCUUCCACCCCACCGACGAGGCCUACUCUCCACCGCCUGCUCCGGAGCAAAAGUACGACCCUUUCGAGCCCACUGGCUCCAACCCCAGCUCAUCAGCCGGGACCCCCUCACCUGAGGAGGAAGAGGAGGAGGAGGAAGAGGAAGAAGAAGAGGAAGAGGAAGACGAGGAGGAGGAGGAAGGCCUGUCCCAGAGCAUCAGCCGCAUCUCGGAGACCCUGGCGGGCAUCUACGAUGACAACAGCCUGAGCCAGGACUUUCCAGGUGACGAGAGCCCCCGCCCGGACCCGCAGCCCGCACAGCCGACUCCGGCCCCUGGAACGCCGCCCCAGGUAGACUCCACCCGGGCUGAUGGAGCCACGCGCCGGCGGGUCUUCGUGGUGGGGACAGAGGCGGAGGCCUGUCGGGAAGGCAAGGUCUCGGUGGAGGUGGUGACCGCUGGUGGAGCCGCCCUCCCGCCGCCCCUGCUGCCGCCCGGCGACUCGGAGAUCGAGGAAGGCGAGAUCGUCCAGCCGGAGGAGGAGCCCAGGGUGGCGCUGUCCCUCUUCCGUCCCGGCGGCCGGGCUGCCCGGCCUCCGCCGGCCGCCUCGGCCACCCCCACGGCCCAGCCCCUUCCCCAGCCUCCCGCUCCCCGGGCCCCCGAGGGGGACGACUUCUUGUCCCUGCAUGCGGAGUCGGACGGAGAGGGCGCCUUGCAGGUGGACCUGGGGGAGCCGGCUCCCGCGCCGCCCACCGCCGACUCGCGCUGGGGCGGCCUGGACCUGCGCCGCAAGAUCCUGACCCAGCGGCGGGAGCGCUACCGCCAGCGCUCGCCCUCCCCGGCGCCCACGCCCGCCCCGGCCGCAGCUGCUGGUCCGCCCACGCGCAAGAAGUCCAGGCGGGAACGCAAGCGCAGCGGCGAGGCCAAGGAGGCCGCCUCGUCCUCGUCGGGCACCCAGCCCGCGCCACCCGCCCCGGCCUCCCCCUGGGACUCCAAGAAGCACCGCUCGCGAGACCGCAAGCCCGGCUCCCACGCUUCGUCGUCUGCCCGCCGCCGCUCCCGCUCCCGCUCCGCCCGCCGCCGCUCGCGCAGCACCGACCGCCGCCGCGGGGGCAGCCGCAGGUCGCGGUCCCGGGAGAAGCGGCGACGGCGGCGGCGCUCCGCCUCCCCGCCCCCGGCCACCUCCUCAUCAUCGUCCUCGAGGCGUGAGCGGCACCGCGGGAAACACCGGGACGGUGGCGGCAGCAAGAAGAAGAAGAAGCGGUCGCGGUCCCGGGGUGAGAAGCGGUCUGGGGAUGGCAGCGAGAAGGCCCCGGCGCCCGCCCCGCCGCCCUCCGGCUCCACCUCGGGUGGUGACCGCGACAGCCGCCGCCGGGGGGCCGUGCCACCCUCCAUCCAGGACCUCACGGACCACGACCUCUUUGCCAUCAAGCGGACCAUCACGGUGGGCCGGCUUGACAAGUCCGACCCCCGAGGACCCUCUCCUGCGCCGGCCUCGUCACCUAAGCGGGAGGUCCUGUACGACUCCGAGGGACUGAGCGGCGAGGAGCGUGGCGGCAAGAGCAGCCAGAAGGAUCGGCGCCGCUCGGGGGCCGCCUCGUCCUCCUCCUCCUCCCGGGAGAAGGGGUCUCGUCGGAAGGCGCUGGACGGGGGUGACCGGGACCGGGACAGGGACAGAGAGAGGGACAGGGACAGGUCAUCCAAGAAGGCCCGGCCCCUCAAGGAGUCGGCGCCUUCCUCAGGGCCCCCGCCAAAGCCACCAGUCAGCAGCGGCUCAGGCUCGUCAUCCUCGUCGUCGUCCUGUUCUUCCCGGAAAGUGAAGCUGCAGUCCAAGGUGGCGGUGCUGAUCCGCGAGGGUGUCAGCAGCACCACCCCGGCCAAGGAUGCCGCGUCAGCCGGCCUGGGCUCCAUUGGCGUCAAAUUCAGCCGUGACCGCGAGAGUCGCUCCCCCUUCCUCAAACCCGACGAGCGGGCCCCCACUGAGAUGGCCAAAGCAGCUCCGGGCAGCACCAAGCCCAAAAAGACCAAGGUCAAGGCCAAGGCAGGGGCCAAGAAAGCCAAGGGGACCAAGGGAAAGACCAAGCCAUCCAAGACCAGGAAAAAGGUCCGCAGCGGAGGUGGCAGCGGGGGCAGUGGCGGCCAGGUGUCGCUGAAGAAGUCCAAGGCGGAUAGCUGCAGCCAGGCGGCAGGCACCAAGGGGGCGGAGGAGACUUCGUGGUCCGGGGAGGAGCGGGCAGCCAAGGUUCCUAGCACCCCGCCCCCCAAGGUAGCCCCACCACCCCCUGCCCUCACUCCGGACUCGCAGACCGUGGACAGCAGCUGCAAGACACCUGAGGUCUCCUUCCUGCCUGAGGAGGCCACUGAGGAGGCUGGGGUCCGAGGUGGGGCAGAGGAGGAGGAGGAGGAGGAAGAAGAGGAGGAGGAAGAGGAAGAGGAGGAGGAGCAGCAGCCUGCUACCACCACGGCCACCAGCACUGCUGCAGCUGCCCCAAGCACUGCCCCCAGCGCAGGGUCCACAGCCGGUGACUCGGGGGCGGAGGAUGGGCCAGCUUCCCGUGUCUCCCAGCUGCCCACGCUGCCCCCGCCCAUGCCCUGGAAUCUGCCGGCUGGUGUGGACUGCACCACCAGCGGCGUCCUGGCCUUGACUGCACUUCUCUUCAAGAUGGAAGAAGCCAACCUGGCGAGCCGAGCGAAGGCCCAGGAGCUGAUCCAGGCCACCAACCAGAUCCUCAGCCACAGAAAGCCACCCUCAAGUCUGGGGGUGACCCCAGCUCCUGUGCCCACCUCUUUGGGUCUGCCCCCUGGACCCUCCAGCUACCUGCUUCCUGGCAGCCUCCCUCUGGGGGGCUGCGGUUCGACCCCCCCCACCCCCACUGGGCUGGCUGCCACAUCUGACAAGAGAGAGGGCAGCAGCAGCUCUGAGGGCCGUGGGGACACAGAUAAGUAUCUGAAGAAGCUGCACACGCAGGAGCGGGCGGUGGAGGAGGUGAAGCUGGCCAUCAAGCCGUACUAUCAGAAGAAGGACAUCACCAAGGAGGAGUACAAGGACAUCCUGAGGAAGGCCGUCCACAAGAUCUGCCACAGCAAAAGUGGGGAGAUCAACCCGGUGAAGGUGAGCAACCUGGUGCGGGCCUACGUCCAGCGCUACCGCUACUUCCGCAAGCACGGUCGCAAGCCAGGGGACCCCCCAGGGCCCCCACGGCCGCCCAAGGAGCCAGGGCCCCCGGACAAGGGUGGCCCGGGCCUGCCCCUGCCCCCUCUCUGAGAGCCCUGGCCAGCUCUUCGCCCCUCACCUCUUUGAAAUUCUGGACAUAUUUAUGGCUCCACCUCCCCACCUCCCUCCCCCAUCAGUGGGAUGAUUGGGGGAGGGUUGCUGCAGGGAAGAGGAGAGCCUCCUGCCCUGCCCUGCCCCGUGCCCACCUCCCUUGCCCCCAAGCCUGUCCCCAGUGCCCCUCCCUUCUGUUCGUGCCCUUCUCCCCAAUUUCAUUAAAGAUUUCAUGAAACAUUA